AUGUCUAAGCGAUUGGAGUUAUAUGAUGAUUCCAUGGAUGGAAUUGUGGAUCAAAUUCAGAGAACAGCUUCUGGCCUAAACGUGAAAAGAAAAUUACUCUUUAAUCAGAUAGAUUUAUAUAAAGAUUUGCAAGCGAAAAUAGACAUGAAAGCAGAAAAAACUAUGGUUUUGUUAGGCGAUGGAUAUUUCGUUGAAAUGUCACCAGAGAAUGCUAAAGAUUAUUUGAAGAGGAGAAUUACAAACGUUAAUGAUAUUGUGGAAGGAUUUAAUACUAAGAUCAAAGAUGCAGAGAAUACCAUGGAUCACAUUUCGAAAUUUAGACAAAUAGAGACGGAAAAUGGCAAACAAGAGAGCAGAAAUGAUGAGGACCUUCCGUUCUUGGAUAUUCAAGAGGAAUUAGAUGAUGCAGACAAUAUUAUGAGCGUGAAAAUUAAUAAUAAAAGCCAGACUUUCGAGAAAAGUAAAGGUAAUAAAGAAGAGCUAACAGACGAAGGACUCCCCAUGAUGGAUAUACAGGAAGAACUUGAUCAAUAUGGAAAUGUUAAGAGUGUAAAAAUUAACAAUAAGGAUCAGAAAAUUGAUGAGAAGGUUGAGGAAAAGGAUUUAAAGCCGGAACCAUUAAUUGUAAAAGAACAGGAUCAAAAUUCCAGUAAAAUUGAAGAAAUUGAUAACCAAGAUGAUGACCAGUUAUCUGAGCUAUUGCAAGAUAUGGGCCUCGUUCCGCUGAAGAAAUCCAACGAAAUAAAUAUAGAUCAGGAUAAAUUACUAGAUAAGAUUGAUGAAUUGAAAAUUAAUGCAAACGAUAAAUUUAAGCUUAAGCAAAUAUGCGUGGAAGGAUAUAAAAAUUUACAAGACCAGAAUUUUGAAAAGACAGCUAAUGAUGAUAACCAGGAUAUUGGAAAGACAGAUGAAGAAAUAAUAUCGAACUUGGUUGUGGAAAAUAAUUUACAACACUUACUAAGUUCAGAUGAUACAGACGAGUCCCACAAAAAAGAUGCAGAAGGUAAUCAACUAGCAAUUGAUGGGAAUGAAUUAUUGGAACUAGAACUAAUUGCGGAUAAGUUUGAUGACACUAAUAAUUCAAUGAUGCAUGCAGAUGAUGAGGAGUGGGACUUUGAAUUUGACGACGAAGACGAAGAGCAAGAUGAUGAUGAUGAAGAAGAGGACAUUUCAGACGACUUGUUAUAUGGCAACAGUGGAGCCACAUUUAUUCCACAGCAUGACUCUCAUUCGGGAGCACAAAACUUCAACAAUCUAUUAUGGAACCAAGUUAUGGAGUUGAGAAAUAAAAAAGCACAAGCACAAACAUCUAACUCUAAUUCCGCUAAUAGUCGGAAAAAAAAAUCUGUCAGGUUUUCAGAGCAAUUGGAAAUUAAUGAAAUUGAGAACGUCAGUGAGGAAUUAAAGAAGAUUGACCACUUUAGGCAGAACAUUUCAAGAUUCAAGCAAGACAGGCUAAGCAAAUCCAAUGAUAAUGAAAUACAGGAUGUUAUAAUGCUGCUUGAGAAAUCAAAAAGCAAAAAGUUUGAAAGUCCCGUUAACGAUGUAGUUGAAAGAGACCCAGUCAGUGAUAUAGUUGAAAGAGAACCAGUUAGCGAUAUCGUUGAAAGAGACGGACCAGUCAGUGAUACAGUUGAAAGAAACGGACCAGUCAGUGAUAUAGUUGAAGGAAACGAAACAAUCAGUCACAUAGUUAAAAGAGAACCGGUUAGCGAUAUCGUUGAAAGAGGACCAAUCAGUGACAUAGUUGAAAAAAGAGAACCAAUCAGUGACAUAAUUGAACGAAAUGAACCAGUCAGCGAUAUUAUUGAAACGGAUCCGAUCAGCGAUAUUGUAGAAGAACCAAUUGGCAAAAUCCACCUGGAUGAGAUGAAUAAAAGUCCUGAUGCACCAGACACAAAAAAGCCCAAAAUAUCUAAAUUCAAACAGAUGAAGGCGACAUCAGCACCGCAGCAAUCACCGAGACCUCCAAUCAAGACCCAUAUCAAAUCAUUUGAGAUUACCGAUAUUGAACAAGGAAGGACAAGAAAGGCUGCGAUUGAAAAAUCCAUCGAAGAAACAGAAGAUAAUCCGAUGCACAUAAUGGACACUACUCUCGACUACAAUAACAUGCAAGAUGAUAUGGACACCAUGGUCAAAGCUUAUGCCUUAGGCAUGUACGAUGAUGAUAUAAUGACCGAAGGACCAGUUGUCCAACAAUUAGACGAUUUUGAGACGUUGAAUAAAAUUAUCGAAUCAAUGCCCAAUCGUGAAGUCUCAACUGCGAAAUCGGUCGAAUCUGCCAAUGACAAAGCCGAAGAAAUCUUCGAUCCGUACUUGGAUCAGGUUGGUGGUGAAUAUCAAGACGACGACGACGAUGAAGACGACGCACCUGUAUUAGGAGAUAUCAUGGAAAAUGAUAUUGUACCUCCGCCGGAUAUCGAGCAAUCAAUUUUGGAUCAGGAAGUCACGUCCAACUACCACCGGUUGAGACAGAAAUUGUUUUUCACUAACAACACGUACCAGGAAGACAAUAACGAAUUUGAGCCAAUCGACGAACACGGAAACAAUCUCAGAGUUAGCAAGUUCAAGGCAUCCAAGCAUACACUGAACUACACCUAG